AUGGAGCAAUUAUCAGAUGAAGAACUUGACCAUGGUGCAGAAGAAGAUAGUGAUAAGGAAGAUCAGGAUCUGGACAAGAUGUUUGGGGCCUGGCUGGGGGAACUGGACAAACUCACACAGAGUUUGGAUACAGACAAGCCUGUGGCACCAGUGAAGAGAUCACCCCUCCGUCAGGAAACCAAUCUUGCCAACUUCUCAUAUCGCUUCUCCAUGUAUAAUUUGAAUGAAGCCCUGAAUCAGGGGGAGACUGUGGAUCUAGAUGCCCUCAUGGCUGAUCUCUGUUCCAUAGAGCAGGAGCUCAGCAGUAUUGGGUCUCAUUCAGCAAACAAUGCUGCAGUGAAACGCCUUGCCACAGAAUCCAAAGCUCAGAAACCACCCGCUAGCCGAACUUCUACUAAGCACAGCAGCAUGAAAGGAUUAUCCUCAUCUGGUAAGGUGACUAAACCAUCACAUGCCAAUGUAUCUUUGGAUGACAUCACUGCACAGUUAGAGAAGGCCUCUUUGAGCAUGGAUGAGGCAGCCCAACAGUCUGUUGCAGAAGAUACCAAACCAGUAGUUACUGCUCAGCACAGGAGGACAGCAUCUGCUGGCACAGUGAGUGAUGCUGAGGUGCGCUCAAUCAGUAACUCCUCCCGUUCCAGCAUAACCUCUGCAGCUUCCAGCAUGGACUCCUUGGAUAUUGAUAAAGUGACAAGACCUCAGGAACUGGACUUGACAUCACAGGGGCAACCAAUCACUGAGGUAAUGUCAGCCAGGCACUGCAGUUUCAAGAAGGCUGCUCAUCCCAUAAACAUUCCAGAAGAGGAAGCUGAAUUGACUCCUCACUCCUAUUUGGACAGGGAAACCUCCCUCCUUCUGAGAAACAUUGCAGGAAAGCCUUCUCAUUUGCUGACCAAGGAGGAGCAGGCUGCUAAACUCAAAGCUGAGAAGAUUAGGGUUGCAUUAGAGAAGAUUAAAGAGGCACAAGUGAAAAAGUUGGUGAUCAGAGUCCAUAUGUCUGACGACAGCUCAAAAACAAUGAUGGUGGAUGAGAGGCAGACAGUCAGACAAGUAUUAGACAAUCUGAUGGACAAAUCGCAUUGUGGUUACAGUUUAGACUGGUCAUUGGUGGAAACCAUCUCUGAAUUGCAAAUGG